GCGCGUUGACGUCAGUUCCAACAUGGCGGCGAUUAUGGCUCUAACAUAAACGCAGUAAGAGGUCAAAAUCUCUCCCAGUGUAAACCCCGCUCUUGUGCAAAGAGAAAGUGAAGACACUUUUGACAUUUUACGUUUUUUGGACGUUUGUCAGCAGGUAAUACACAGCCUGCUCGGUAUGGCUUUCCUUGGGAAUGUGAGGGCGACGCUGUCCUCAGUCAUGCGAGCCUCGCAGUUUGCAUACCCCUGGCCCGGACCUCUCUUAACCAGGACGAUGGCGACACUCAAUCAGAUGCAUCGCCAAGGCAAACCAUCCCCACCCCCUAAAAAGCUUGGUGCCACAUUUGGUCGACCGCAGCUGAAGGCCGUAGUCCUGAAGACCAUGAUCAGGAAGCCAAAAAAGCCCAACUCCGCCAACCGCAAAUGUGCACGGGUUCGCCUCUCCAAUGGCAAGGAGGCGGUGGUGUUUAUCCCCGGCGAAGGACACAAUCUACAGGAGCACAAUGUCGUGUUGAUACAAGGAGGCAGGACGCAGGAUCUGCCAGGAGUCAAGCUCACAGUAGUCAGGGGCAAAUAUGACUGUGCACAUGUCGUGAAGAAAAAACAGUAAAUAAUAUCAAUGCCUGAAACAAGUCAGACUGUCAUAUAUUUUUU